ACUGUUCUGACUUGCGACUUGUGAACAGGAUAAUGUUAUUCAUACCUUAAUUACCUUAUUUCAAGUUACAGUUUCGGAACAUUGAGUCUUCUGGACAGAUUAAUUAAUGUUGGUUUUCUGCAGUUUUAUGUUAUGAACUCUUAGGGCCGCUGUUGACCAGAGUGUGCAAGGCUGAGAGUAGGAUUGUAGCAGCACCUCCCAUGUAACAUCACCGUCAUGAAAAGAGAACACGACGGGAAAGAACGGACAUUCGGGAUCUGUAGAAUAUCUCAUAACAAACACGACGAGCUCCGAGACUGUUCUAUAGGCUGUGUGGAUUAUAAGGCUUGAAAUUGAUGUUUUACACUGGACGGGAUUUCAGUUUAUGGAAUAUAUACCUGGAUUUUGGACCCUCGCAGAUAAAAUACUCUGACAGAACAAUGAAAGGGCAGGCGCUGUUGUUUAUCUCUCUUCUUUCACUUGGCUCAGUAACUGGGCAAGUCAGCUACACGAUACCGGAGGAAAUGGCGAAAGGGUCUUUGGUCGGUAAUAUAGCACAAGAUUUAGGUUUAGAAACCAAACGUUUGACUUCUGGUAAGGCCCGGAUUUAUACCCGAGACAGCGACGAAUACAUCGAGCUGAACAGAGAGAGAGGAGUCCUCCUUGUUAAGAAGAGAAUCGACCGAGAGGCGCUCUGCAGACAGACGACGCCAUGCGCUUUACAUUUUCAGAUUAUUUUAGAGAAUCCAAUGGAAUUUUACAGUGUUACAGUGCAGAUUACUGACAUUAAUGAUAAUGCGCCAACGUUUGAAGAGGGAGAAAUCAGAUUCAAAAUAAGUGAGUCCGCGAUCACCGGGGCGAAAUUUGUGCUAGAAAGGGCGGUGGAUCUUGAUGUUGGGAUGAAUGAUCUUCAAAGGUAUGAAUUAAAACCAACAGAUAAUUUUGCUCUGAAACUUCACAAUAACGCUGAUGGGAAUAAAAACGUAGAGAUGGUGCUACAGAAGCCUUUAGAUAGAGAGAAACAAGAGCAGAUAUCUCUCGUAUGUCAGGAACUGUUAACGGCUGUAGAUGGAGGAGAGCCGCAGAUGUCAGGAACAAUGCUGAUCGUCAUCACAGUUUUAGAUGUUAAUGAUAAUGCCCCGGUGUUUACACAGCCCACAUACAAGGCUACAGUUACUGAGAAUUCACCUAAAGGCACAGUCGUUGCCACUGUGACAGCCUCAGAUGCAGAUCAAGGCUCUAACAGCAAAAUAACAUAUUCAAUCACGAAUACAUUAGAUGAUGUCAGAAAGGUGUUUAAAAUAAACAAAGAAAACGGUGAAGUUUCCUUAAUGGGAAAUAUUGAUUUUGAAGAGUCGCGAAAUUUUCAAAUAAAUGUUCGUGCUAGUGAUGAGGGAGGACUCACAGAUUCUUGUAAGUUGAUUGUUGAUGUGCGAGAUGUAAAUGACAACCAGCCUGAAAUUAACAUAAUGUCGAAGUCAAACGUGAUAUCAGAGGAUGCUAAACUCAAUACUGUCGUUACAAUGAUAAACAUUGAGGACAAGGACACUGCAGAAAACGGAAAGGUGCAAUGUUUUAUCAGCGAAAAUGUGCCAUUCAUAUUAAAAACAUCAACCAAUAAUUUCUAUAGUUUAGUGACAGACAGUGAAUUAGACAGAGAGAGAGCCUCUCAAUAUAAUAUCACAGUGACCUGCUCUGAUGAGGGAGUGCCCUCCCUCUCCAGCAGCGUCACUCUCACCUUACAAAUCUCUGACGUGAAUGACAACUCGCCUGUCUUUGAGAGGAGCUCAUAUGAGGCCUACAUUGUAGAAAACAACACACCAGGUCUCUCUAUAUUCACAGUGAAAGCCAGAGACGCUGACUGGAACCAGAAUGCGCGUGUUUCUUACAUACUGGAGGACUCCUCUGUUAACGGAGUGCCAGUCUCCUCAUAUGUGUCCGUUAGUGCUGAUAGUGGAGUCAUCCAUGCAGUGCGCUCUUUUGACUACGAGCAGAUCAAAGAUUUCCACUUCCGCGUCAAAGCUCAAGAUGGAGGCUCUCCUCCACUCAGUAGUAACGUGACUGUGAAAAUACUGAUCCAGGACCAGAACGACAACCCUCCUCAGGUUCUGUACCCAGUCCAGACUGGUGGCUCUCUGGUGGAUGAAAUGGUGCCUCGUUCAGCAGAUGUGGGCUAUCUGGUCACUAAAGUGGUGGCUGUUGAUGUGGACUCUGGACAGAAUGCCUGGCUCUCCUAUAAACUGCAGAAAGCCACAGACAGGGCGCUGUUUGAAGUGGGCUUACAGAAUGGAGAAAUAAGAACUAUCCGCCAAGUCACUGAUAAAGAUGCUGUGAAACAAAGACUGACUGUUAUAGUGGAGGACAACGGGCAGCCCUCUCGUUCAGCUACAGUCAUUGUUAACGUGGCGGUGGCGGACAGCUUCCCUGAAGUGCUGUCGGAGUUCACUGACUUUACGCACGACAAGGAGUACAAUGACAACCUGACUUUUUACUUAGUGCUGGCUUUGGCUGUAGUUUCCUUCCUCUUCAUCACGUGUUUAGUGGUUAUUAUAUCAGUGAAAAUCUACAGAUGGAGACAGUCUCGCAUCCUGUAUCACUCCAACCUCCCUGUGAUUCCAUAUUAUCCACCACGUUACUCAGACACUUUGGGGACAGGGACUCUCCCACACGUGUACAACUACGAGGUGUGCAGGACGACUGACUCCAGAAAGAGUGACUGUAAGUUCGGCAGAGCUGGUAGUCAGAACGUGCUGAUAAUGGACCCCAGUUCUACAGGGACGAUGCAGCGGAUACAGAGUGAGAAGAGCAUCCUGGAUGAACCAGACUCUCCUCUCGAGGUUAGACUCAUUUAAAACAGUUUCUAUAUAUUCGUCUAUCCAAGUUGUUGAUGACACAAAGUUUUUUUUCCUGAAGUCCAGAAAGGGGGACGUACCAUUUUAAUGCAUAUUUUAGUUUUACGGGACAGGUUUUUA